AUGAGCUCAGCCAAUGGCUGUGAGCCUCAGAUGGAGCCGGAGGAAAGGGAGCGUAUGGCAGCAGAGACCUACAAGAAAGGACACAAAGCUGUGCUGUCACCAGGCUCUGUGCCCGGUCCCAUCACCAGCAUCGAGUGGAAACAUGAUGCGGACAUCGCUGUGGUCUGGUACGGACAGGAACGACUGAGUACGGGACUUCAAGGUCGCUGUGAGGUGAACACCAACACUGGAGCUCUGACCAUCACAAACCUGAGUGUGAAGGACAGCGGCAGCUACACAGCAGAGAUCAACAACAAAAUCAUGAAGACGACUAAAAUCAAAGUCAUCACCCCCGUCCCCAAACCCACCAUCAAGAAACAGUGUAACUCUGAGGUGACUCAGUGCACUCUCACCUGUGAUACCAGCAUCACUGCUGACAUGGGAACAAUCACCUAUUCCUGGAAAGCAGGUGACAGGCAGAUACAGGCAGAGUCUCCAAGCAAUCAGCUCAACAUAACAAAGAAUAAUACAGAGUUUGUUGGAAAAAUGAUCAGCUGUCAGUUGGAAAAUCCAGUCAGCAGUGAACGCAGUGAUGACAUCAUGAGCCCGUUCACAAACGAGAGUUCAGUGGGUGGGACCGCAGCAGCAGUAGUGAUUGUGUUGCUGAUUGUGGCGUCCCCGAUUGUCUUAGUUUGUGUGCACAAACGUAGAUCAGGAAAUGCAGAUCAAACACCAAGUUCUGAGAGCCAACCAGUGAGGAACCAGGACCAACCAGAACCUGAGCCCACAGGUACCAGCAAUGGAGCUGCAGCUAUUCCUGAGAACCAGGAAGAUCCAAACCAGCACCAACCAGAACCUGAGCCCACAGAUACCAACAAUGGAGCUGAAAUGCCCAACAGCACUUCAGAGCACCAAAAUGAGGCCGGACCUGAUCAAACACCUGCUGAGUCCACAGAUCCCAGCAGUGAAGCUGCAACAAGUUCUGAGAGCCAGACAGUGAAGAACCAGGACCAACCAGAACCUGAGCCCAGAGGUACCACCACUGAAACUGCAACUAUUCCUGAGAAUCAGGAAGAUCCAAACCAGCACCAACCAGAACCUGAGCCCACAGAUACCAACAAUGGAGCUGAAAAACCAAAAAGUACUUUAAAGAUCGAGAAUGAGACCAGAUCUGAUCAAACACCUGCUGAGUCCACAGAUCCCAGCAGUGAAGCUGAGACGUCUGCAGAGGCACCAGAUGCUGAAGAGCCCCCCGACCAUCACCACCAGCAGGAGGACGAGACAACAGAGGAGUAAAGCUGAGGACCAGAGAUCACCCCCCCCUUGUGGCUACACAAGUGAUGAGAGAUUUGCACAGCACACAGCCAAAUGAGAGUGUACUCAGACAGUGUGCACAGACUCAGGGAGAUUUCUGCAGGUAAACUGCUCCGUGUGCUCAUGCAGAACUGCACAGCAUGAAGAGUGAACUGAAAUGUUCCUGCAUACUUGAAGUUUUGGAAAUUCUUGAAAAAAAAGGCGACCCUGAACUGGAAAAGUGGAAGCUGGUGGAUGGAUAAUAAUUUGAGGCAGGCUUCGUUAAGGCGAAGCUGGUUAUUUAACACUCGUGCAUUAGAGGGUCAGCUAAACAAAGAGAUGCUCAAAGGUCCAUUCAUUUCUCUGAUGAGCUGCUUUGUUGCUGUUUACACGUGCUGAUAUGAAAAUCUCAUGAAGGUAUUUUGAUUCAGAUUUUAAACAAGAACAGAAACGUGAAGCUAUGCUGGAUUAUAUUUAUAUAAAUGUAUUUUUAUAACAGGAAUGAUGCAUACAGGGCUGUCACAAUAUCAGAUUUUCCCUUUAAGGCCAAAAGAUUUCACAAUAAUAUCUUUUCAAUAUCUACAUGAAAAAUAAUCAGCCUAAAUCAUUUUCAUGAAUUCAGCUGAACCAGCGUGAGCACUGAUAUUUGCAGUAAUCAGUUUGCACAUCAUGAAGUAUCAUGAAGUAUCAAUUAUCAUGGCACAGAGGAUUGUUUAUGAUCUGUGCAUUUUUAGCAUAAAUGUGAACAUUACUGUGGAAAUGGGAAAAUCGUUACAGUCCAAAUAAAAAAGCACACACGGUACUUUUAGUCACGGCUCAUUUGCAGACCUGAUCUCAGGUUUUUAUGGUCCUAAUAAAUACAUAAAAACAAACCUAACAGUAAAAUUACCUCCAGGAAUAAUAAAACACAAACUGACAAUAAUCUGAGCAACCAAAGAGGAAAACCUUAAUUCUGUGGGUUAUUUCAUAGCACUGCUACAAUCAGCUUUAAUUUCUGUGGACACACACACACACACACACACACACACACACACACACACACACACACACACACACACACACAGUGACUGAACCCAUUAAUGGUACCAAAUGCUGCCUAUAGUGCACUGAUAGGGAACUGGAGUGCAUUAACCCUUUAAAGCCUGAACCAUGAAAUAAUUGCCAAAAAAAAUGAAUUAUUAAUUUGCAUAUAUGAGUUUUAUAGGAUGUAGAUGUCUCAAAAACUAUUUCUGCUUUUUAAAUAUUUAUUUGUUAGCACAUUUCUGCCUUCACGUUUCUGUGCAUGUUUUUAAUGUAUUUAUCUUUAUAGCUUUAUUGUAUUAUGUUUUGUUACGUCAUGCAUUGCUGUCACUUUAGAUGUUCAGUACUGCUCUAUUAACGUGACUGACUGUGUUGCAUUUAUUACUGUAAACACACAAUCCUCUGGACACUAAACUGCCUUUGUUUGUUUGGCUUUAUUAUUUUAGCUGAUGUGCGGCUCAAAUUAAAAAAUAGCUUCAGUUAAAGGGUUAGGCUUACUUUUAAUUUGAACUAUUUUAACUCCCAAACAUCAGCUCACAGGUCCACUCUAAGUGCUUCCAGUUUGCUUGAAUGUAGAACAAACUUUACUGCACUGAAGGAGCACUGUGACAGUCCAAGUGUUGCCUGUGAUAUCACCACCAUGCCUUCAGUGCCGUAUAGUUCAGGUGCUAUUGUGAGAGGGUUAUUCAGGAACUAUCAUAUCAGGCUUUUCUUGCCGUCCAGGUUAUUUGACAUGCUGUGAAAUGCACUGAAUGUUUGCUGGUUACAGUCCAGAAUAUGGGAACAGGUUUAGUGCACACAAACUGGUGUUACACAUUUUUCUGUUUUGGCUGCAGGGAUUGUUUGAUAAAACUGGAUUUUUUUGAAUCGAUCAUUUUCCAGAAUAAAGUGAA